GGCAGUCGACUUAAUUGAUCAGAAUAGUGAAAGUUUUGUUUUGGUGAAUGAUUGAUAGUGCUGGUGUGUGUUGACAGAAAUUAUUUAUAAUGGAUCGAAGCCUGAGAAAUGUUAUGCUACUAGGGCUAGCAUUUAUGCUGGUUUUUACAGCUUUUCAAACUAUGUCUAAUAUACAGCAAACUAUCACAGACAGUAUAGUAAAAGAUGAUCCGACCUAUGACGGAGACGCAUACUACAGUCAGGCCAUCAUUUAUGGGUUCUUCUCGCUAUUUAAUUGGUCAGCCCCAUCAGUUGUUAGUAUAAUUGGUCCUAAAUUUUCAAUGUUCCUAGGAGGCACAGUUUAUGUCUCCUUCAUACUACAGUUCCUGGCUCCAAAAGCAUGGGGAAUGUAUUUGUGCAGUGCCUUAUUGGGUAUAGGAGCCGCUAUGAUUUGGACUGGACAAGGCAAUUAUUUAACUUUAAACUCUACGAAGAAGCACAUAACAAGAAAUUCGGGAAUAUUUUGGGCGUUACUUCAGUUAAGUAUGUUUGUUGGAAAUACGUUCGUCUUCUUUGCUUUUAAAGGAAAGACAGAAGUUGACAAGAGCACAAGAACGUUCGUGAUCACCACGUUGGCUGCAGUUGGCGUUGUUGGACUAAUAGUUCUAUUCGUGCUACCAAAAGCGUUUAAAGAAGAAGAAGAUGAGGAAGAGGAAGUAGAAGAAGUGAAGCCACAAGGCCCAGUGGAAGCUUUUCUCGGAUCAGUGAGAUUGUUUUUCACGAUGAGGAUGUUUUUACUCAAUUUCGCAUUUUUGUAUACAGGUCUGGAGUUAGGAUUCUUCAGUGCGAUAUACAGUUCAUGCCUUGGAUUUACCAAAAAUUUUGAAAAUCGUAAAGAACUUGUAGGGAUAUCUGGUAUAUUUAUGGGACUAGGAGAGGUUCUAGGUGGUGGAAUAUUCGGAAUAUUCGGUCACAAAACCGUAAAAUGGGGAAGAGAUCCCGUAGUAAGCACCGGAUUCCUUUUACAUAUCCUCGCAUUCGUACUAAUAUUUUUGAAUUUACCUAACAACUCGCCAUUUGCAGACACUGAUGAUCAGGCUAUCAUAACCAGCAACGCCAUUUUAGCUAUAUUUUGCUCAUUCCUUCUAGGAUUGGGAGACUCUAUUUAUAAUACUCAGAUAUUCUCACUUUUGGGAACCGUCUACUCUGAUAAUAGUGCUCCAGCUUUUGCCAUAUUUAAAUUUAGCCAGUCUGUUGGAGCAGUUAUUACCUUCGUUUCAGCCAAAUCUCUUGGACUUCAUUACCAGUUAGCAAUUUUGCUAGCCAUGUCAGUACUAGGUACGUUAUGUUUCGUUAGGGUGGAAUGGUACGCUAAGAAAAAAGCUGCACUGUUGUCCGCCGAAAAAAGCGGGAAGAGUGAAGAAGCAUUGACGGGUUCACAAUGAGGAAAAUAGAAGAGAAUAUUUUUAGUGAAUGUGAUUAUAAUUGUAUAUUUUAUUUGGAACGAUUUUUUACAAGAAAUGUCAAAUAUUUUUUGAAAUAAAGAAUUUAUUUUUU